AUGCCUGAUUCCACUUCGAACUCUGCUUCGGACUCUGCUUCGGACUCUGGCUCAGAGUCUGCCUCUGACCAUGAGGGCUCUCAGCUGCCUUUCCGCAGCAGCCGCAGCGCCGCGAGACGGAGGCGCAGAGUCCGUCAGAUGCAAGGACGGCGUCUCUAUGAAGCCGAUCUUCCUGAUCAUGACGAAGAUGAUUCUGAUGAUGGCUCUGGAAGCGAGUCUUCUGCGCAGUGGGCUACGACCCUUUACGCCACUCCUGGGCAGCUGAGAAACCUGCCCCCUCUUCCUCUCAAUCACUCGAACUACAUGGCCGACAAUGCUUCUAUUGCUCACCCCGUCAGUCCCGUCCCGGGCUCUCCUGUCCUUACAGAGUCUGGUUCGGAAGACUCUGAAAAUGGACUUAACAACGCUGUCUUCGAUGAUUCUGACAUCGACGAGGCUGCUUCCGACAUCUCUGAGGAUAGUCUUGCCGACGUCGUCCCCGAUCCUGGCGUCAUCGAAGCGAUUGCCCCUGUGGGUUCUGAACGAACUCCCAUCAUGACCAAGUGCGCUCGUAUCAUCACUAGAAUGAGGGCCAGAAUUGCGGAAAAUCCUGUCAACACCGUUCAAGAGCGCCGAAAUGCCAUUGAGACCAUCGGCGAGAUCUUUCCGCUGCGCCGACUGACUUACCGUGGGGGCCUUUUCACUCAAUUCCAGCCCCUCGGCCUGUGGCAUGAAGAAACCCUUCUUAGCAACAUAAGGACCUCGUUGGCACUGGAGCUGGUUUACAACCACCUGCUCGAGUGGUGCAAUACUGUCAGGGUCCUCAGGGAUCAAACGCGACAACUCAGUGACGAGGUCAGUGACGAGGAGUACAUCACUUCCGAGGAGUUCCUCACUGACGAAGAGGACUAG